ACAUGUUGUUAUUUCCACUCUUGAAGUUGGUGAUCGUGUACUUGUGAAAAAUGUCAGACUGAAGGGAAAACUUAAGUUAGCAAAAAAGUGGGAGCAUGACAUUUACAUAGUAAUCAAGAAAGCAGGUGACUUACCGGUUUACACGGUUAAACCCGAAAGAAAGGAUGGACCUCUGAGAACUCUGCACAGGGAUCUGCUGCUGCCUUGUGGAUUCCUGUCGACAAGUGCACCUGAUGAGUCUGUUGAAAGAAAAGUGAUUCGGAAACCCAGGACUAGAGCCAGAUGUGCUGAGGAACCUGAAGAGUCUGGAAGCAUGAGUGAGCCUUCAGAGUCAGACCAUGAUCCAGUGGAUUAUUAUGACGCAGGAAAGUUCUUUGAGAUUGAAACCAGAAUUCUGUCUAACUCAGAACCUAUUCCUUCUUCCAAAAGUAGAAGUGCAGUUCACUUACCUGGUGCUGAACCUGUGAUGGAAAAGGAUGAAGGACAUCCUAUCUCGACAGAACUUGUUGAUAAAGGAAACUUACCUGAAGUGGAAACCUCAAAUCCACAGGAGGCCAAUCAUCCUACUUUAGAGCAACCGGUAGAGAGCAGCCUAUCAGAUCUGCCUGAAGUUGAAGUUCUUGAUGGAAGCUCAGUUGAUAAAUCUGAAAAGGAAGUGGUUCACAUGACAGAUCAAGAGAAAUCAGAUGCUGAUAGUGAAUCAUCUGAAAAUUCAAGCAGGAAGGAUGAAGGAAGUAACCAUUCCAUCCAAAGAGAAAGUGGCAUUUCCAGAGAGUCUCAAGAGAACCAGAGUGAAGCAACUGAAACUGAAGAUCUCAGACGUUCGAGAAGACGCUGUGAACCCCCAAACAGACUUAAUUACCCGCAACUGGGUAAUCCUCUCAGUUUAGUUAUUCAGUCCCUGUUCUCUAGUCUAAGUACUGCAAUUACUACCUCUUUGGAAGAACUGAGUCCCUCAAGAAAUUACUCUCCGGUUAAAACCAUCUGAAUUCAAGUAUGCAGAGGGACCUGCAUGCAUUCAAGAGAGGAGAGUGUAACCCAGAUCAUUAAUCUAGGUCACUAAUAUUUAUAGGGAGUAUUAUCUUAUUCUUACUGCUGUAAUAUUAUUAGAUUGAGAAUCCCCACCCCACAAAGUUAAGUUUAUUUAUAUUGCUAUAAAUAAUUAAAAUAAAUAAAGUUCCUAAACUGAUUUCUGAUUGGUAAGGUGAAAUGUUAGCUCCGCCUCUACUGGAAAAGUUCCAGAAGAGUGCGUGCGAGCAAGAGAAUAGAAGAGACACGAAAAGUUAAUCAGUAUUUUUUGGAGGAAUACUAAAUUCUUUUCCUUUUUUUUUCUGAUACAUUUCUCCUUGGUGAGUACAAAUUUCAUUAUAAGAAAUGUAUUCAAUUAAACUGAAUGUGAAUACUGUUAUUGGAGAUUGUAAAGUUAACAAGGAAUAUGAGGGAGUAAUGUAAAAAUGUGUUAAAUGCUUUAAUUUGUGCUUCAAUACGAUCUGCGAGUGUAUAUAAUAAUGUUCAAGUUGUCGAAGGGUGUUUUAUUUGUGAAGAUGUGAUAUUUUCCCUUGUGAAGUGUGCGCCAGGUGGUGCUAGCUUUGCUAACACUGUGCUUAGACUCUAGUGUGUUAAUUGAGCACAUGGGUGACUAGCAUGUAUGUGUUACGUAUAUGCAACUAAUUGAAGCAGAUGCUUUAGUCAUUUGAAACAGUUUAUUUGAACGAGUUAUUUGAUGAUUAUUUUUGGCUUUGUCUUUGCAAGGCCGGGUUUUUUUGUUCGUUUGGGGGUUUUUUUCUUCUCUUCCUUGAGUGUUUGAAGAAACUGCUGCUGUGAUCCUGAAUUUUGUCCGGGCCGUGGAUUCCUAUUCCUAGUUUGGACUGGCGAGCCAUCCCACUGUUCGUACCUGGAAACCAAACAUAAACUGAAGGUGAACUGAAUCAAUGGACAGGUCACAGGGGCACAAACAUUUUGGGAACAGACUGAAAAUUAAACAACUGAUUCUUCUGAGAAAGAGGACAGCGAAAAAACACACACAAGGAAAAAAUGGAGUUAUGGGAUGCAGUCAACCAUCUAAAUCAA